AUGAUGGACUCACAGGAAGAGGAUGCGGUCCUCAUCGCCGAUUUCCUGCAGAACAUCGUCGAUACAAUUGCUCGCAGGGAGAGAAAUAUCCAGUCGUGUCGAGUCGCAGACUACGUUUUUAAUAUUAUAAUAAUUAGCUUAAUUCUAGUUAAAGCAACAUUUACUUGUAAUAAAAUAGAUGCAAAUUCUAAUUUACCUGAAAACUGGCCAUGUGAAUGGAACGACGGAAAAAUUGAAUUCGCGUUUAAUUUUUUUUUAUUAAGUCCAAAACGUUUAGUCAGUGUCGUCCGAAGAGGCAUCGAGUACAUUGAAGCACGUUCCUGUUUGAUAUUCAAAGAAAAGAAUCCAAUCGAGUUAGCUAAAGGAACCAAUCUGACGUAUCUAUUCUUUACAUUCUCUGACGUUUUAGAAAACUGCUGCUUACCGUUCGCGUACUUUGAUAGACGACGGACGGUAUUGAUUACACCUCUGUGCACUCUACCAGUGGAAGUGGCUCACGUGAUACUACAUGCGAUGGGUUUGAAGCAUAAGAAACACGAAGCAUUUUCAAAACAUCAAACAAUAAAUCUAUUAUGUUCUACUAAUUGUACAGCAAUGAGUCAGAAAAUGCGUAUUUCAGAUAUCCAGUAAAUAAUUUAAAUUGCAA